AUGGCGCCGGUAGGGAUAAUGGCUCGACUGAGGAGUCUGUACUCGAAGCAGGAUGAACCUGCCCUGUCAGAACAUACCGUUGCUUUUCUCUCUGUCCUCCUCACACUACUCUACGUGUUACCAUUCUAUCUCUCAUCAACAACCCGCCCAUCGCCAAAUCUCAGUCGCGAUGCCCCGUCCGUGAUUCGCGCCCGCAUUCGCGCCGUCACGGGAUCCUGUAUCGUGAGCUCCGUCCUCGUCCUCUGGCUCAUCAUCGAGGAUAAUUCCUCUCUCGGCGCCGGUGUCAGACUCCUCGGCUGGUGGCCCGUCGGCCUGCUGGAGACCCUUCGGAGUCUUUUCCUCACCGCGGUUCUGUUCCUCGGCCCGCUCUUCGAACGUGGCAUUGUGGAGGGCGAAUGGAAGUUCUGGUUCCGUCGUAGUAAGCUCUCUGAGAGUCUCGGUGGCUGGAUUGGCUGGAGAAAUUAUGUCGCGGGCCCCUUCACAGAAGAAGUCAUGUUUCGAUCCGCCAUGGUACCGCUGCAUUUACUCGCACACACCUCGCCGGGCCGGAUCGUGUUCCUGGCACCGCUGUAUUUCGGCAUUGCGCACGUGCACCACUUUUACGAGUUCUGUCUGACCCAUCCGGACACCCCGGCUCUGGCCGCCCUGCUGCGGUCGCUCUUCCAGUUUGGCUACACGACUAUUUUUGGCUGGUAUGCGACCUUUGUCUAUUUGCGGACCGGCUCGUUGCUGGCCGUGGUUCUCAUCCAUAGUUUCUGUAACUGGUGUGGAUUGCCGCGGUUCUGGGGACGGGUCCAGGCGGGUGAAUAUAUCAGUCCCCCUAUUACUCGGGGUAAAGAGGAUUCUGAUGAUAGUAUCCAAGUUGGGGUAAGGGGUAACAGUGGCUUGGGUGUUGGGUGGACGGUGGCUUAUUAUGUACUUCUUGUUGCUGGAGCGCUUGGUUUUGCUCAGGGGUUGUGGCCUUUGACUGAGUCUUAUCAUGCUCUGGUUUCAUUUUCGGACAAGUCGAAUUAG